AUGUCAUCACCUUCUCCUGCAUUUCCGGAUCAACCUCCACCUGCUAAAUCCAAUAUGAAUACCAAUUUCAAAAAGGAGUCAAUCUUGCCUGCCACCGACCCUAGAUCUCCAUUCUACAUCAACCUACCUACUUAUGAAACCAAGCCUAUUGAUGAUUUAAUCAAUUUCUUCAGAUAUUGGAAAUACUUUAUUCGAUCUUUAAUUGCCUAUUUUAAAGAAAUUGCCCUUGUUAAAGAAUUUGAAGCCAAUAUCAACUAUCAAUUAAUCAGCGCUAUUCAAUUCCCUGGUUGUAAAGAUUUACCAUAUAAUAUCCUUAAAGACUUAUCCAAUAAUGUGACUAGUCCUAAUGGAAGUCAAUCAAAUACUCCUACUAAAGAGUUGAAGCGAUCAUUAUCGGGUUCAAGUAUAGCCACUAUGUCAUCAAAUGGUUUAUACCCUCUUACUACCAAUAAAACUAAUACCAUUCCUGGUACGGCCUUAGGGACAAAUAGUGGGAACUCUUCAUUAAAUACAAUGAAUAAUAAUAAUAGUCAAUCUGAUUUGAAACGACCUGGACUAUUCAAAACUAAAUCAAAUAAUUCAUCAUUUAUGAAACCAUCAAAUCUUCAUAAAAAGACAAAUUCAUUUUCUACAAGUUCUAAUAAAGGUUCUUCACCUAAUUUUGGACCUUUAUCUUCAUCAAUUACAUCACCAUCAAGUACCAUCCCAGUAGCAAAAUCAAUUGCUCAAUUCACUAAUGAUGUUAAAAUUCCUGAAAGUUUCUUUCCUGAUGAUUCAUUAUUUAAGAAUUUCCCUUCAGUGGCUUUAAGUCAUCAUGAAACUAAUUAUGUCAACAAUUCAAAAUUAUAUAUGGAUAUAAAUCUGAAAUUAGUACCUCGAUUAGAAAAUUUAUCCAAGCAAGUAUCUAAUAAAAUCAAAGAAAUCAAAACUUCAUUAAAAAAUGAAUCAUUUGUAAACCCUGAAUUAUUAAAAGAAAUUAGUGAAACUGGGAAAAUCUUACAUUUAUACAUGUCAUCAAUUGAAAGAUAUAAUCAUUUAAAACCAGUAUUGAAGAAAAAAGUAGUUAUUGAAGCUGAUAAAGUUGAAGAAGAUGAAGAAAAUGGGGUUAUGGAUGAUCCAUUCUUAUUGAAAUUACAAUUGGAUUAUCAAUUGAAAUCACAAUUAUUAUUUGAGAAUUAUAUGUUUGCUCUGUACCUUAAUUUACAAGGUAUUGCUAAAGAUUUAUUCACUUAUAUUUUGAAAGAAUUGAAUAUCAUUGUCGAUAGAUUUGGAAAAUUAAAUUUUAAUAGUGAAUUUUAUCAAUUUUUAAAGACUAAAAUCUCCAAUUCAUCAAAUCUUGAUUGGGAAUAUUUUAUUUCCAAUAAUCCCAGUUUUUUAAAUAUUUAUAAAUCAACUUCAGUACUGCCUAAAAAGGAAAUUCGAAAUUAUAAAUCCAUCGUUGUACCUUAUGCUAAUUCAAUUCAUAAUAAAUGUUUAAGAUUUGGAAUUUUAUAUCGGAAAACUAAAAUUUUAAAGAAUUAUACUCGAUAUUAUUAUGUUUUAACAUGUAAUUAUUUACAUGAAUUUAAAUUUGAAACUCCAACUCCAGCUCCAGGGGGUAAAACUCCUAUUAAAAAAUUCAUAUCUCAAGAUGAUGUACCUGUUAAAUCUUAUAAUUUGAAUGAUUAUCUGAUCCAAAAUAAAGACGAAAAGGGGUUUAAAUUCCAAUUAAUAAAGAAUUCAAAUCAACUGACAAAAUAUAGUUUUAAAUGUGUUAAUGAAAAUGAUUUCAGUUGUUGGACUAAUGAUUUUGAUGAAUUAUUAAAUUUUGGUUGUAAACAUUUGGAUAGAUUUAAUCAUGUUUUAAAGAGAGUUGAACAACAAGAACAACCUUUAAGAUUGACUAAAAAUAGCACCCAACAACCACCUUCUAUUAAAAGUAUUCUUAAUCCAUCUUCUACUAAUGGUAUGAGAAGUACCAAAUUAGAUAAUAGUUCAUCAAGUCUUUUAAGUUUACCAAGUAAACAAAAUAGUGGAAUUGGGCUUGAUGGAGUAUUUACUCCAAGAAUAGCUACACCUCAAUCGAUGGAAAAUAAUCCAUUUGAUCAAAUUUUCCUGACUGAAAUGAGUAGUGGUGGUGUAGGUGUAGGUGGUAAUGGUGAUAGUUUUAGAUUUUCAAGUAAUCAUUCAUCAUUAUCAUCACCAAGUUUGACACCCAAUUUAUCACCCAAUGAAUCUACUACAAGUUUUAAUGGUCCAUCACAAUCAGAAUAUGAUUCACAAUCCCAACUGGCUCAACAUGAUAAUUAUCUUCAAAAACAACAAGAAUUUAUUAAACGUCAACAAGAUGCGUUAAACAUUAAAAUCAGAGAACUUGAACUUGAACAAGCAAAAUUACAUAUAUCUCAACAACAACAACAGCAACAGCAACAGCAACAGCAACAUCAACAAAAUCUGCCCUAUGGAAAUGGAGAAUAUCACAGACCAUUAUAUAGUUCAGCAUCUACGGAAUCAAUGGGAUCAUUCAUCAUUUCGAAUGAAAAUACAUUAUUAACUUCAAAAUUAAUUGAUUCAAAUCAAAAUUUAUUAAAGAGAAAUAUGGAAUUUGAAAGACCAGCUGUAUUUUCAUUACAUGAAGAUAAUGAAUCAGGUGGAAGUUCAUCUUCAGUACCUACUCUUCAUGUUACAUCCAAUCAUUGA